AUGCGAAAGUUGGAAUGGGACGACAUGGGAGUGAAGGUUGAUGGUUGGCAGCUACACCAUUUGCGCUUUGCUGAUGACAUCGUACUGAUAACACCUAGCAUCAGCCAAGCGGAACGAAUGCUGACCGAAUUCGACGAAACAUGUGGAUGCAUCGGUCUUCAGCUGAAUCUACAGAAUAUGAUGUUCAUGCGGAACGGAUGGGUCUCAGAUGCCCCAUUCACGCUCAACGGAACGAACAUAUCCGAAUGCACCAGCUACGUUUAUCUGGGGGGUCGGGAACUGAACAUGAUGAACGACCUGACCCCCGAGCUGGGCAGGAACACUCGGCUCCGUGCUCACCUCUUCAACACCACCGUACUUCCUGUUUUGACCUAUGCUUCGGAAACGUGA